GGACAAAGGCCAGAAGACGUGCGCGAGGUAGCGCCGUCGGCCGGGCCCGAACUUCCGCCCAGGCGAGGCGAGUCUCCGCGCACGCUUCUUUGAUAAGCAGUCACUUAAACGCAGGUGUGCGCCCGCGCCGCUUCUUGUGAACCCUUCGUGGCUUGCUUCGGAGUUCCUCGGUUUACCGCUGACGCUUUCCUCGCAAGGUUACCAUGGCGACCGUGAACAGACCCCCAACGGCUCGGCCGCAACUGGACAGGGCGCGACACUAUUGGGCCGCCGGUUGUGCACCAAACGCCAGCAGACAGUCGGACCCAGGACUGCAGGGCCCGAGCCAAGACCCGGGAUCGACGGCCCAUCCCCAGAUGUCGACGCGAGCAGUCUUCUACGUCCCUGCUCCGCCUCCACCUCCGUUUCUGCACUACCAGUGGCCCGUACCCUUCUCCUACAAUCCCUUUUCCGGCUUCCCAGGAAUGGGCUACGGAAUGGUUGUGCCCCCAUUGCCUCCCCCCUAUUUAGAGGCUCCAGCAUACGUCAUGCCCCACCCCCACCUUCAACCGGUUGACUACAGCAGGCACUUUCUCCACCCCGUGCCCCAUGCUCAAGGCCCACUGUACCAGACGAGAAGAGUUCGCUCUCCUUAUCCUUCCUAUGGGCGAGAAACCGCCAACUCGGAGGUCCAAACCGAACCUAGCGAAGGCUCGGCUAGCGACAAAGAGGGAAGCGUCCAUGUGGUUUUGGAUUCGGGCAGAGGAACGGCUUCAAUUUCGCCGUCUUGCAGUUCGAGCUCACCGAAGCAAGAUUCUGCUGAGUAUCCUCAACCCACCAGUUGUGUCGGCGUGGACGCCCAGGUUGCCGAAAAAAGCAGUCCCCGUCCUGGAGAAAAUGAGGCUGGUGAGUCGGGCGGUGAAGCGUUCCAAAAAGGCAGCGACCUCGCAGAGGUGGCCACUCUGGAAAAUGGCCCACCCUGCAAGAAUGACCUUCGUAGUAUGUGGUCGCUGAGCCCCGGAGGUGGCCCGGUCCCCGCGCGUAGCGCCUCGCAACAAGACCAUGAGGUUCUCAAAGAAGGCCGUCUCCCCCUCAGUGACAUCGUGCUGUGCUGGAGAGCGAGCACGCCACAGGAGGCGGCGCUGCCGCCGAAAGCUUCCGAAAACGCAGUCUUUCACAGCGAGGAUGAUGAAGGGCCUGUUUGUCAGAGUGCCGUUGAGAGAAACAAGGGUCCCGGGCUUCUGCGAUCCGGAAGAGCGAGUGCAGCAGCAGAGGGGAUGCGCGACUCCAAAAAGCCAUGUGAAUCCCAAAAUGGAGGCGCGCAUUCGUUUGACGAUUCAGGCGAAGUCCGAAACGAUGAAGAAAAUGAGCGUGUGACGGACCCAGGUGAAAACCCUUGCGGGAGUGUUCCUUAUAAAUUAGGUACCUCUCGAGGUGAAAGGAAACUGAACGAAUCAGUGUGGUCUGUGGAAUCUUUAGCAGCCUUCAUCCCGAGCAAGGACUGGAUAUUGCGGAACGGGAUGCUUGCGGAGGACCCUGAAAAUGACAUGCUGUCAAAACAAAAGAACGACUGUUGUGAGGGUAGCCGUGAUGCGACCCGCGGCCGAAAAUUUUCCUCCUCAGAUUCUGCUCCGUUGUCAGAUGGGUGCCUCGUUUUCAGUACCCCGACUGGGAAGGCAAAACCCUCGCCAAGUCCAACAAGGAAUUCGGUUCAAAGCCCUGAAAUGACGGAAACUCCAAAACGGGACCCUGGCGCGGCUCCUUCACAAAAGGACCCUCCGACUUGUUCCCAACGUGAUUCCGCAUCGCCAAAAGAGGCACUUGGUGAAAAUGGGGCUCCCGAACCUGUGGCUGAUCAAAACCCGCAGCGGGAUUCCGGUCUUGUUGUGCAACAGGCUGAAGUCCCCACUGGUGCAUCCCAAGGAGAAACUCCUUCCUCAGGCUCAUCGGCAGCAGAGAGCAUCCCGCCGACAGCCCGUUGGACUUCCGCUAACGCGGAGGCUACGAAAUCGGUUACCGUAAAGGACAGCGGUGACGGUCAUCGGAGCUGCCAUCAACUUUGUGUGAACCUGGCCGAUUCCAGAAUGGCCGAGUUCUCUUCAGGCAACGUGGGACAUUGUUUUUGCAUUGGCUGCCACUGCAAUCAAUUCCAUGAAUCCAAAUGUACAUUUGAAGAGUUGAAGCCCAACACCGGAGCAAAAGGAAAACACAGAGCUGCGCGGAAAGCCAAAGUUGAAGGGGUCUUGAUCAACGGACGAGUGCAGAAAAAUCCGAAGAAAUUUACUCCAUGGAGAAACAAAAGGCUUGGUGGCGAUGGAGAACAUCAACAAUGCUGAAUCGAACAAUGUUCAACUCGUCAAUGUUUUUUACACUGAAUUCUAUUAA